AAUAUGAGCUUUCCCCGGAUUCUGCGAUUAGCUUGUCUUGUUCAUCUUCGGUGUUGAUGCAGUUGUGCCGAUUGUCGCUGCGAGUGGUGUUGAGUUGCGACAAGUCGUUCCCAAUUGCAUAGACAGAGCUGCGUUCUUGUCAUCGCAGACAUGAUGCAUGUUCUAUCAAUUGCACGAUGCGAUACUGCCAGGCUGAGCCUUGGUCUUGGUCGCUGACAGGAUGACACCUCGUCGCGCGAUUGAUGUUUGUCUCGGCGCCGUCAUCAGCACUCCAAGCGCUAUCUCAGCUCCUCAAGGCCAAAGACCGCCCGCCAGUCGGUUCAACAAACCCGGCAAUUGUGUCGCGACAGCAUCAUGAGAGCCUUGAGGUGAACAAUCCACCCUCGCGAUGGAUCAAUGCUGGAGAAAGCAUCGCGUAGCUGCGAUAUUCGAUGUUGGCCACAAUUGUGUGUGUUGGCUCUUGUGUCACCUCCUGAGUCCUGCAUGCUCAUGGUAGGAAUCGUGCUAGAAGAGGAACGCGCAAUUGCGCGCUGCGCCAAACAAACAUGAGUGAGGUCAUAUAUUUUAGACCGCAAUUUCCACGAGACCAUCGAUUUGCAUUCUCUCUUCUUUUUUAAUAUCAUGCAUAUUCUUUAUACUCAAUAGCUAUCAAUAUCACUUCGGUUCAUUGUCUCAUUUUGUUCCCGCAACUUCAUCCUUGAGGUCUUUGCCUACGUCACCUCCACAAUGGAGCAUCGUCCCCUCCCCCACCACUCUUCCGCGAUACGCCGCUACCUCAACGAACCAGCUUGUCUGUACGGCAGAUUAUGGGCAGCUAACGGGUCCGACCGAGAGAAAUUUUACGUCGAUGCCCAUAAACCCCAGCUUCGCACCGUUCAACAAGACGUCUCCCGACGAGAACCAAGUCAAGCCAACCGAUUUCCAUUCCUCUGCGUCUUUCACUUCGCAGGCUGCGAUCAGAAGUUCGAGAAUAAAAGGGAUUGGAAGGACCAUGUUGUAUCCCAGCAUUUGAAACCCGAACGCGUGUUUUGGGAGUGUAAUGAAGGCCUUUGCGCGCACAUCAAGCGCACUCGUUGGCAGCAGCGAUUAUUCCUCCAGGUCAAAGACAUAAAAACCCUACGAUUCCAGGACUACAGCGGUACACUCUUCGCUAAUAUACACGAUUUCCGAACGCAUCUUGUCCAACGCCAUCGAUCCCCCAAGUCGCACGAUAAAAAGAGAGAUAUAGCAUUCCGUCCCGAUACAGAGGGGCAAUGGCAUGUGGACCGUCAAGACUCGUCGAUGCGCAUGGUAUGUGGACUGCCUCAAGACCUUGGCUGUCCAAUGCCCCAAUGCGCAUCGGUGCGGUUCACCGGUCCUACAGCGUGGGAUCAACGCCUCAACCACGCUGCUGAACACUUUCUUGUCAGCCCGCAAUGCCUGGGUGUAUUCGGAGGUGAAAAGGAUGCCGAGCUAGUACAAUGGGCCUCCAGUGAUGAUGUCGCCAUCUAUCAAAAGGCUCCCACUGCUUGCUUUCAACAACAUGAUUGCGGUAAGUCGGUUGCAGAUAGUGGCUACAGCAGCAUGCCCGGUAUGCCCCGGCACCCCAACCCGUCACAGCAGGGCGAUUCGUCCCCUGUGGUGCCCUCCAAGAUGCCUAGGGGGGCGAGCGAUGCCACGUUCGAUGACCACAGCACGGAGGAACUAUAUUUGAGUGCAGGGUCUCUCGGUAUUGGAGGCUGGGUCCGAGAUCAUGGGUACAUCUAUAUGGAACCUGUGAUUGACGAAGAAAGCAGUUCUUCAGCAUACCAGUCUUUCCAGGAAUUACUCUCUCAAUACGAGUCAAUAGAAGCUGAUAGUACCCUCAAUACCUCCCAAGACUCCGACUCUAGUGAUGAGUCAGACGGAACGCCUGAUGGCAAUCCGGAGACUGCAGCUGUUAUGCAAUGGUUCCAUGGGUGGCUUCGCCAAUGGCUCUCGCCUUUAACACAGGAGAGACCCAGCGGAAAUGGUAGUAGCCAGGCUACCGCAUCUCAAAGCCAAACCAGCUCCAGUUCCAGCACGCAGAAGAAGAAAGGAACCGGCCGGCCUCGCCGUGUCCCAAAGCGCAAGCGAGGCAAUGACGGCGAAGACGAUGGCAAUGAGGAGAGUCCCAAAUCUCAACGUGUUGAUGGAGGUCAGCAGACACGAAUGCUUGCCUGUCCGUACUUCAAGCGGAACCCGCGAAAAUACGGUCGGCCAGAAUGGAAGAGCUGCGCACACCCUGGUUAUCGGGACCUCCAUCGCGUAAAAGAGCACAUGUAUCGGCGACAUUCGCUGCCCGAGUACCAAUGUCGGCGCUGUCGCGUGGAUCUCAAGACCUCAGAAGCCCUGGAGGCGCACUCGCAGCAAUUGCAAGCGUGCACGCCAACCGUCGGCAACCAAGACGGCUUGAACCAAGAGCAGGUAAAAAGAAUGAGGAGUAAGAAAGGAACGGGGAAGAACAAGAGCGAGGGGGACAGGUGGAACGAUGUUUACUCCAUUGCGUUCCCUUAUGAUCAGCAUACGCCCAGCCCUUGUAUGUCAGCUUUACCCCUACCUAUCCCUUCUUUCCAGGAAUGACUAACAAGAUCAGAUCUCUACGAUACUGACGAGGACAAAAGUGCCAGGGAGUUCAAUCUAUGCCACGAGUUCGGCGGUUUUUUAACGAGGGAGCUGCCCCGGCUUGUCGGGAGACAUUUGAGCACGGUUGGAUACCCGUUGCCCGAGUCAAUACGAGACGACAUUGAGCAAUUGGUGAGACGGUUUGUUCCUCAGCUGCAGACUUCUUUUCUAAAAGAGAUGAGUUUUGUGGCAAGCACUAGCAACGAGCAGCCAGACAGUGCAUCAGCAACAAAUGACGCAGCCAGCUUCGUGGAGUCUACGACAACAAGACGCACUUCUGAGGACUCAGCGACGACGCUUCAACGGGACAAUACGCAUGAAGACUCAGUGACAAUACUCCCAAGAGGAAGCACCUCUGAAGCGUCAAUGUCCAUGUUUCCGACAAGCAACGGCUCUCAAGAAUUAACGACGAUGCCUCAAAUUAAUUACGUCGGAGCAGAUUCGACGAUGCUGCAGAAUGGGACUUUCUCUGGGCAGGGCAUGAUGAUCCCGGCAUCUCAGACGAUGCCACCGUACUUUUCGCCGACAAUUGAGGAUUGGCAGGUAAUUUAUCAGCAGCUUGGCUAUGACCCAAAUCUUGCUUUGGGGUUUGGUGGGAUGAAAAAUUCAUAGGAUACAAGUUCAUACCUACUUAUUGUAUAAUAUAAAUUUUGACCAAGACGUGCUUCUAUU